GGGAAAUAUAUGUAGACGAUAUGUAGUAUUGUUUUAUCGAUUCUUCACAGCCUGCUCAGUUGCUUAUCUGCUUUUUUCUUUUUUUUUGUCUUGAUCUUCAAUGUUUCGAAAAUAAAAGCGGUUCAUUCUUGUGUGGUCCAGUGUUGUCUUUUGUGUUGAAUCAAUUAAAGCAAAAUGGCAACCGUUGUUUCGAAAGGGGUGUGCAAUAUAAAUGCAUUGUCGAAAGUCGUUUGUAAUUUCUUGAAGAAGGAAGUAAAAAUAACGAACCCUUCACUUGAACCAGCGGUUCCUAAGGGUGGCAACUUCGUAUCAGAUGCUUGGAGGGUGACAUUUGUCAUCAAAGAUCAGGAGAAGAGCACUAAUGCUAGUAUUAUCGUGAAAACAAAGCCAGCUGAUGAGAUGCUCGACAAACUCAUGCACACAGACAUCGCUUUCAAAAAUGAAAUUUUGGCUUAUGAGAAAAUCAUUCCAUCUUUAAACAAACAUGUCUGCAGCCCUAUACGUGUACCACAGUAUCUUCAUGGUGAUCUUACCAACAUCGUUCUAGAAGAUAUGAAUGUGAGCGGUUUCCAGACUCUCAAUAAAAAAUUUGCCAUCGAGUGGAACCAAGUUUGGUCUCCAAUUCAGGAGAUGGCCAAGCUUCACGCAGCCUCCAUCUGCAUGCAACAUUUGAAUAAGCAAAGCUUUGAUUGUUUGAAGGAUCAAAUUAGUGAAAUUCCAUUCCCAGAUACUUCUUCUCUUGGUGAGAGACAAGCUAGUGUUUUGGAUACUAUCCAGGGCGUCCUCAAGGAGAAAGGCGAAGAUAUGAAGUUUGUCCAAAUGGUGGAAAACUUAAAGAAAAAUGCUUGGCGGGACCAGAGGGAAAUAAUCGAGCAAGAGGUGGACAUCAGAGUAAUCAACCAUGGAAGCUUUUGGAUCAACAACACCGUGUUUAAAAAAGACCUAGCUACACUUCUAGACUUCCAGCAUAUCGUCUACAGCACCCCAGCGAACGACCUUAGUUACUUCAUGUAUGUCAACUUGGAUCCUAGGUUCUUCUCGAAUAACAGGAGGAACCUCCUACUUUUUUACCUCAUGAAUUUGCACUCGAACAUCACCGAUAGACUUGGAGUUGCCCAGUCAACUGACAUAAUCGAACCUUUGAACUACUUGUGGAUAGAUAGAGAGUUCAGAAGAUGCAGCCUUUACGCUUACAUGAUGGCACAGUGGAUUAUGCCAGUGUUUUAUUGGAGUGAUGCCGUCUUCAGACAGCUUGAAUCAAAGGGAGGACUGGAAAAUAUGUCGAUACCUGAAAGGUUGUCUUAUCUUACCCCAGAACAAAAAGACAGAAUCAUAAAGCUUACGAAACUUUUCGUUCAGGAGACCCUCAGGGAUUAAUUCACAAAUAAUAUAAAAUUGUCUAUUUGCUGCUAUUCGUUUUUUUAUUUUUUUAAUUUUUAUUGAUGUUUGGAGGAGAAUCGGAAUAAUCUUCGAGUUUUUAUCAUUAUUUUUAUAAGAAUGAAGUUAUAAUAUAAUAUAAAGCUUGUGAAGUCAUAAUUUUACAGAUAUCCUUCUUUAGGUUAUUUUAAAUGUAACACUCGAAGUUUAGUAUACGAGAAAUAUAUUCUCGUAAUUCAA